CUUUUCAAUCCUACCGCAGAUAGAAUAGAUAAGAAAAGAUUAGGAAUAAAAACCCUAGCCUCCACUCUCCCUAAACCCUAAACCCUUCACCCUUCUCGCUCACUCGUCUUCUGCAAUUCCGCCACAAACAAUGGGCGCUCAAUCUAACAAAUCCAACCUCGUCCUAAUCCUAGACUUCGGCUCUCAGUACACGCAUCUCAUCACCCGCCGAAUUCGCGCCCUCAACGUCUUCUCCCUCUGCAUCAGCGGCACCUCCACUUUGCAAUCCAUCGCCGAAUUGAACCCUAGCGCGAUCAUCCUCUCCGGCGGCCCGCACAGCGUCCACGCCGAUGGCGCGCCCUGCUUCGCCCCCGAGCUCAUCCACUGCGUCGAGUCUAAAAACAUCCCUGUUUUGGGCAUUUGCUAUGGCCUGCAGCUAAUCGUGCAGAAAUUGGGGGGCGAGGUUAAGGUUGCUGGGAAGCAUGAGUAUGGAAGGAUGGAGAUUGAGGUGGCCAAGGCUGAGGGAUUGUUUGGGAAUAAGAAGGUUGGGGCUACGCAGAGCGUGUGGAUGAGCCACGGCGAUGAGGCUGUCAAGCUUCCCGAGGGGUUUGAGGUCGUCGCGAGGAGCAAUCAAGGAGCCGUUGCCGCAAUUGAGAAUCGAGCUAGGGGUUUUUACGGAUUGCAGUAUCAUCCCGAGGUGACACAUUCACCGGAGGGAAUGGAUACACUCAAAUACUUCCUGUUUGAUAUUUGUGAAAUAAGUGCUAGUUGGAAGAUGCAAGACAUUCUUGACGAGGAGCUGAAGGUGAUUAAAAGUAAAGUCGGACCUGAUGAUCUUGUCAUCUGUGGACUGUCUGGUGGCGUAGACUCAACUGUUGCGGCUACUCUUGUGCAUAAGGCGAUUGGAGAUAGGCUUCAUUGUCUUUUUGUUGACAAUGGGUUGUUGAGGUGGCGUGAGAGGGAGAGAGUGAUGGAGACAUUCGAGAGAGAUCUUCAUUUACCUGUUACUUGUGUUGAUGCGUCAGAGCAAUUUCUCAGCAGGCUAAAGGGUGUUACAGAGCCUGAGAAGAAAAGGAAAAUCAUUGGGGAGGAGUUCAUCAAUAUAUUUGAUUCUUUUGGUCAAGAAUUGAAACAGAAAUAUGGAAAGGAACCUGUGUAUUUGGUUCAAGGAACCUUGUACCCUGAUGUGAUUGAAUCCUGCCCUCCUCCUGGAAGUGGAAGCACUCACUCUCACACAAUCAAAAGUCAUCAUAACGUUGGAGGCCUUCCCAAGAACAUGAAACUGAAGCUCAUCGAGCCCCUUAAACUUCUGUUUAAGGAUGAGGUUCGUGAACUGGGAAAAAUCAUGGGUGUUCCAGAGGGCUUCUUGAAGCGCCACCCCUUCCCUGGGCCUGGCCUUGCAGUUCGUGUGCCUGGUGAUGUUACAUUGGGAAACCAUUUGGACACCCUCCGUAAGGCGGAUGAGAUUUUCAUUCAAUCGAUCAAAGAUGCUGGGAUCUACGACAACAUAUGGCAAGCCUUUGCUGUGUUCUUGCCUGUACUAACUGUUGGUGUGCAAGGAGAUCAAAGAACGUACAGUCAUGCCAUUGCACUAAGAGCCGUCACCAGUCAUGAUGGAAUGACUGCAGAUUGGUAUGACUUUGAUCACAAGUUUCUGGCUGAGUUAUCCACAAGGAUUUGCAACGAAGUGGUUGGUGUAAAUCGAGUUCUUAUGGACAUUACUUCGAAGCCUCCAUCUACUAUUGAAUGGGAAUGAAGAUCAAGUUAUGGAAUCUGUCCCAAUUUUAUGCUAAAAGUGUAAUAUGCAAUUUACUGUAUUUUGAUGAAGAUGCUGAUUGAGAAUUGAGACAGCUUCUGUGGUAUAUUACUGUUUCUUUCUA